AUGGAGAAAGUACUUGAAUGGAGAAGAGCUCUUACGGAAGCAGCAAAUUUGUCUGGGUUGCAUUUCAAGGAGGGCGGGUAUGAAGCUAAAUUUGUCAAUAAAGUCGUUGAGGAGAUUUCAGUUCAAGUACUCAACAACACAUAUUUGGAUGGGCCAGCAUACCCAGUUGGAAUAAUGCCUUGUGCAACAGAUGUCAAUAAGCUUUUAAGUGUUGAUGGAAACGGUCAUUGCAUGGUUGGUAUAUGGGGGAGUCCUGGAAUAGGCAAGACAACAAUUGCUAAAGCUGUUUAUAAUUCAAUUGCAAACAAGUUUGAAGGUAGCUGUUUCCUGGCAGAUGUUAGAGAUAAAUCAAUGUAUGGAGGACUAAUCAAAUUACAAGAGGCUCUUCUUUGUCAAGUCCUAGGAAGCAUAAACUUCCAAUUGUUCAGUCUUGAUAAAGGAAUCAAUGUUAUCAAGAACCGGCUGAGCCGUAAGAGGAUUCUCUUAAUUCUUGACGAUGUGAAUCAGUUGGAUCAGUUAGAAAAGUUAGCUGGAACUGGUUGGUUUGGUGAGGGAAGUAGAGUUAUUGUAACAACAAGAGAUAGGGGAUUGCUAGCUCGUCAUGGAAUUGAGUUAAUAUAUGAGGUCAAAAAAUUAGCUCAUCGAGAUGCACUUGAGCUUUUCAGUAUGAUUUGCUUCAAAAGAAAGGAGCCUCAAGGUGAUUAUUUGGCACUUGCAAGGCGUGCAAUAGCCUAUGCUCAACACCUUCCAUUAGCUCUGACAAUUUUAGGUUCACAUCUACGUAAUCAAAAAUUAGAGUAUUGGCAUGCUACAUUAGGAAGUUAUGAAGCUGAUCCUUACUUAGAUAUUCAGAAAAUACUUAGAACGAGUUAUGAUGGAUUGAAUUAUCAUGUGCAACAAGUUUUUCUGGACAUUGCAUGUUUUUUCAAGGGUGAAGAUGUGGACUAUGUGAUACAAGUACUUAAAGGCCCUAAGCUUAACUUUCCUGAGAAUUGUAUUCGGGUGCUCGUAGAGAAUGCCAUCAUAACUCUUGAAUGCAAUAUGAUUUUGAUGCACGACUUACUUGAACAAAUGGGUAAGAAUAUUGUUCAUGAAGAAUCUCCCAAUGAGCCGGGAAAACGUAGUAGAUUGUGGUUUCAUGAGGAUGUGCGCGAGGUUCUAGCUGACAAUUCUGGGACAAAUACACUUAAAGGCAUCAUAGUAAAUUUGCCCAAACCCGAUGAGAUACCUUUGAAUGCAAAAUGCUUCUCAGCCAUGAAGAACCUUGAAUUUUUUAUAAACCAUAAUGCAAGCCUUUCUGGAGAUACCGUUGAUUAUUUCUCCAACAAGUUGAGAGUGAUUCACUGGGGCAACUGUCAGUUGCAAUAUUUGCCAUCCAGUUUCCAACCAAAGGAUCUUGUCCUAUUCAGUAUGCCUUGCAGUCGUAUCAAACAACUUGGAGACGGGUGUAAGAAUCUGGCCAAGCUGAUGUCCCUAAAUUUAACGGACUGUAAAUUCCUAGCAAAAAUCCCUGACUUGUCUGGAAUGGAAAACUUAAAAUACUUGACCCUUAGUGGUUGUAAGAGUUUAAUUGAGGUCGAUUCUUCUAUAGGAUUUCUUGAUAAACUUGCUACAUUGGACCUCUCAAGAUGCUCCAACCUUGUCAAUUUUCCACCAAUGAUUAGGUUGAAAUCUCUAGAGAUGUUGAUUCUUAGCGGUUGCAAAAGGCUUGAGAAUUUCCCAGAAAUUGUAGACAAGAUGGAUUCCCUUAGGGAAUUGGAAAUCCAAGAAAGUGGCAUAAGAGAAUUACCUUCAUCAAUUGCAUAUCUCAGUGGACUCGAAAGUUUAUGGGCAUAUGGUUGUGAAUCCCUUACAAAUAUAUCAUCUAGUGUUUAUGGUCUUCAAAAUUUGAGUGAUAUUGAUCUCAGAGAGUGCCCAAAACUCGGCACAUUUCAAAACAUGAUAAACUCGGAAAUUUCGUCCUCAUCUGGAUCAAUGCCACUUUCAGCUAACUCAAAUAUUUCACAAGACAAGUGUAAUCUCUCCAAAAGUGGUCCCUUCCUGAGUCUUAAUCUUUCGGGAAACAAUUUUGUUGCCCUUCCUGUGUGCAUAAGCAAAUUGGUCAAUUUGGAUAGAGUUUACUUGUUUGGUUGCAAGCUGCUUCGAGAAAUUCCAGAAGCGCUUCCAGAAAAACUGAAUGACCUCAACCUUGCCGAUUGCAAAUCAUUGGAAAAAUUUUCAAAGCUGCCAAGUAUAUUCGAACAUAAUGAGUUACCGGAGCUUCAGGGUCUAGACUUGACUAAUUGCCAAAGACUAUGCGCGGACAAGGGUGAUUAUUACCUGGCAAAGCUGGAAAUUUUUUUCAAAAUCAGCAGGAAUCUCAAGCGCUCUCGUUUCGAAAUUGUACUUCCUGGCAAUGAAGUCCCCAAGUGGUUCAGUUGUUGUGUAGUGCAUGAACCUGUUUUAGAGUUCCCCUCUUCCCGGUUUAUUAAAAUUCCUUGGAACUUGGUGUGGGAGAAGGCAGGAUUGGUCGUGUGUGUUGUUUUCGAGUAUACCAAAAGGGAUGACAGAUUUACGGAGAGUGGGGAAUAUCGUUUGAUGUGCGAUGUGCACUUUAGGAUCAAUGGAAGACUUGUGGAAUCAUUUCCCCAUGGUCAUUAUUUGACAAUGACGGAGUCCACUCAUGUGUGGUUCACUUACACUCCGUGGAAUAUAUCCUGGGGACAGCCGGAUGGAGGGAGCUGCUGUGAAGUAACAUUCACAUUUGAUUGGGUUGGGAGGUCCAAAUGCGUCAAAUUCCUGAGUUGUGGGGUCCACCUACUAUACCCUCAGGAUGGUGAUGGUAAUGGUGAUGAUACUCAAGUGGAUGAUCAUGAACCCUCAGCUGUCAUGACGGUUGAUGAUGAUUGUGGUGAGGACAAUGAUAAUACCAACGUCAAUACUGAGCUUUCCUUGUCUUUUGGACGAACAAGUCCUCGAAAGAGGCCUCAUGGAGCAGUGACUACUACUAACGACAACGUUGAUGAUCAAGAGCAACGGCAUUCUUUGCCUUUGGAUCAACCCGGGAAUAAUCUUCGGAAGCGGAGGCAUAUUGAUUUUGAUAUUGCAUCCACUUCACACCCCAACCUAUGA